CCAUUUUAGUCGAUGCCUGUCAGCUCGCUGGAAUGCGCGGCUCACACUGAGCAGCCCAGGCACUCACCGAUUUACAUUUAUAGCUCUGAAAUCCUGGACCAGAACUUUUCUCUUUUAAUAACAACAUCUGUCUUGUGAUUUCCAAGGAGAGUCCACAUUUAUUUUCUACCUGUGAACGGUGGUGGGAGCAGCAGCAACAAUACAACAAGAACAUUAACAACAAAAGAGAUCAACCCAAGGCAAGUACACAGCAAGACGAUGACCCCCCUGGACGCGACCACAUCAUUCGACAUGCUGGCGCCACGAAUCCAACAUGCUGCACAUGAUCUGGGCUUGGAGGAAAAUGUCACUUCUUGCAAGGCCUGGGAGGAGACCCACCACCUGGUGUUCCACCUGGCCAAUGCAUGCCUGGCCCUGGGCAUUGCCAUCCCUACCACGCUCGGCCUGCACAUGAUCCUCUUAAGGAUAUUGCUGAUAACCGGAUGCUCCCUCUUCAUUGCCUGGGCAACGCUGCAUAGGUGUGCUCUGGACAUUAUGCUGUGGAAUGUGGUGUUCCUCAUCAUCAACACAUUGCAUCUCUUAUAUCUGCUGUACAAAAGGAGACCGAUCAAAAUCGAUCGGGAACUGCAGUCAGUGUACAGGAGGAUGUUCGAGCCCCUGCGUGUGCGGGAAGACCUGUUCCAGAAGCUAACUGGACAGUUCUGUACCAUCCAGACCCUGAAGAAGGGCCAGGUGUACGCCACAGAGGACAAGACCUCUGUGGACGAGCGGCUCAGCAUCCUGCUGAAGGGGAAAAUGAAGGUGUCAUACAGAGGGCAUUUCCUGCACAAUAUCUACACCAAUGCCUUCAUCGAUUCUCCAGAGUUCAGGUCCACCCAGAUGAGCAGAGGCGAGAAGUUUCAGGUGACCAUCACUGCAGAAGAAAACUGCAAAUUCCUGUGCUGGUCCCGAGAAAGGCUCACAUACUUCUUGGAAUCGGAUUCUUUCCUGAAUGAGAUAUUCCGCUACCUCAUUGGCAAAGACAUCACCAACAAGCUGUACUCCCUCAAUGACCCCACGCUGAGUGACAAGGCGGUGAAAAAGAUGGAGCGCCAUCCCAGCCUGUGCUCUCAGCUCUCCAUGAUGCAGAUGAGGAACAGCAUGGCCAGCACCAGUGAAAAUGAAGACGUACUUAACCAGUUUCUGCGUAGCAGCUCAGCCGGUUCCUCUUUCCAAAAGUCCCCGGUCACUAAAGCCUCCCCAAAGAUGAAACCCAUUGCAGAAGCCAUGGAGGAUGACGUCUUCGAGUCCGACUCCCCGAUCAAAAAGCGACCUGCCCCAAAGAUGUCUGCUGAGGACCUGGACAAGGUCUAGGGUCAAGCUUUAUGACUUGAGUGUUGGGUUUUUCACCAUGUAUAAUUCUUCAGCCCCCCCCCCCCACCAAAUUAACCAUAUUAUCCCCUCACCUUCCAUGUUUGAAAUAGAGGGUGUGCACUGACGUCACUUUUCCACCAGAUCACGCCCCCUCAGACCUCAGAGUGGCCAGACAUUCUGGAACAUGGUCAAAGGAAACUGCAAAACAAACAAUUAUCUGCUUAAAUUAAAGGCAGUCAGACUCGACAAGGAUCCGUAUGACUUACAAUGGACCAGUGGAUCAUGGACACUGAUAUGUGGCCAGGAACAACAUAUUUUUUUAGAGACUUUUAAAGUUUUCUAGCUAACUCUUCCUCCCCUUUAUGUAAAUAAAUGCUGACAAAAAAAUUAGUUACACAGAAGAUGAAUGAUGUAAAUAUUUAAUUGAUCAGUAGUCAAUACAGCAUAUAACUUAAGGUACGAAUUUACCGAAAAAUCCAACAUAACUAACGCGAAAUGACAACCACAAAUUCACGUUUCGGAGCCUGGCUUCCAGUUGUUUAUGCAGAUUGCAGUGAUUCAGUUGAUUCUUUUCUUGUUAAAUCAAUUUUUACCAUCAAUCGCAUGACAGCUCUUUCUCAUUUUUUACGACAUCCAAACUGGACACUAACGGCGCCGCUCAGUCUAUUUGAUACUCAGUGGGUGUAGCCGCAGUGACCUCCGCUUAUCGUGAUGUCAUGUGCAAACCCUCUAUAAGACUGACUGAAAACUGGGCUUACAUUUUUCAGGGAAAUGGAAUCACAUUCUUUUGGUUGAUAAUAUUUGGUCUGCACAGAGAGUCUUAGUUUGCACCGUUUCGGUUGAUGUAGACUCAGGUGUCAAGGCUUAACGGACUGUGAAGAUGGAGGAACAUACUAUGAAGGAAAAGUGAGCGCGAAUAACAAACGGUGUCACAUGUCAUAUUGACACAAAAACGUAAAGCUAGCUUCAUUUUUUCAUGGGUCUUUAUAGUCACCCCGCAAAUGUAAAUGCAGUCCCUCCUGUUUUCCUGUGGACGGCAUCUUUUGUGAUCUGAAGGUUGCAUGCAGUAUUGUAGCAUUCAGAAAUGCUCCGUUGAAGUGAUUGAGACUGAAGGUGAAUGUGAAGAACUGCUGAAAACCUUCUUCAGCCCUUUUGUCACGACUGCUACUUCUGUUUUCAUUCUUCCAAUUUUUAUGAACAUAUCACAGCCUUGAUGGCUCUAAUCUAUGUGGUGCCUAAAAGACAUUGUAGUAUGUGAAUCUCAAUUGAAUUGACCUUUUUCAUAAUAGUCAGUCUACUCCACUGUGGCCAAUCUGUCCUUCAGCUGAACUUUUUGUUCAAAUGCAAACACAAAUAAGUAAACAUACAGUAUUCUGGCUGAUGAUUCUUCUGAGAAAAUGGGUUUGUGUCAAAUUUUCUCAUUUUGACAUGAAUUGAUAUCUUAGAAUUAGUAUCAAACCAAGGUGUUUGCAUUGCUACUGAGUCGGGACUAAACAAAAAUUUCAGAUGAAAGAAUGAUUUCCUCUCCUUGCCCCAUUUUCUUCUGGAAUAGUGUUUCCCAAUCUGGUCUUCAAAGACCCACAGACGGUCAACAUUUUUGCUCCCUCCUGUGGACUGUCUGUCAGGGAGCUGAGAAAAACAUGGACCGUCUGUGGAUCUCAAAAGACUUGGUUAGGAAACACUAACCUAGAGUAAACUUUAAAUACCUUGAAAAAUGGAUUAACUUUGGCAAAUUGCAUCUUCAGAAAACAUGACACUUUCUGCCCACAGUAUCCAUAGCUUUACCCAAAUUACGAACGAUUAUAUUGUGUUAUAUACACUUAUUUGUAAUUUAUGUACCCCAUUACUACCAACACUUUGGUCACUAAAUUUGCACUGUCCCCAAUUUUUUACCAAUGCAUAAUGUUUUUUUGUGAAAAAAAUUGUCAAAUGCUUGUUGAUUGUCCAAUCUCUCUUAGUACCAUGUGGAAUUUUGUAAAGCAGUGGUUCUGAAGGGUGGUACUGGCUAUUUUAAUGAGGGUGUUCUUUUUGAAGAACCUUCAGAAUGAGAUAUUCCAUAUCCAAUCUCAAUAGUAACAUUCACAUAUAUAAAAUUCACAUAUUUAAUGUCUCACAAAAGAUUGUUUAAACAAUCUUUUUUAAAUUUAAUGAUGAAAUUACCCAUGAUUGAUUUGUGAAUUCUGUUUCUGCAUGAACAAAGAGUAAAAAGGAAUAAAAUAUUUAUAAAAACUG